AUGCCUGAGGAGGACAUGGUGCCGGAAAGUGCAAAGGGCAAUAUUGUGAACACCUUGGUUUCAGUGAGAAGACAACUGGCUCUUUUAAAUGAAAAAGGUGCAUUUUGCCUUUGGGACCACUUCAAAGAGCUGGAGUCGAUGCAGCAUACUAGGUCAUUGCACCUAGCAAAAUUUGCAGCAGAGAUGCUUGCUUCUUUCACCCUCUCCCUAGCAGUUUUGAAGUCUGUAGAAUUGGGUGAUAUCAGAUUGACAAUGACACGAGCAUGGCGGCCGGUGCGUGGAAUGUGUUUUCGGGAUCUUAAUGCAAACCUAUUUUUGGUAGAGUUUGAAGACCUUCGUGAUAAGGAGCGGGUGCUGAGAGAGGGCCCUUGGUCUUUCGAUAAACAGUUAGUGUUGGUACAGGAAGUCGACGGGAGCAAGCAGGUGCAUCAGAUCAAAAUCCAGGAAGCUACUUUUUGGGUUCGGAUUCAUGAUCUUCCAUUGCGUGCUCGGAAUGCAUAUGUGGGGGAACGUAUUGGUAAGAAAAUAGGGAAGGUUGAAGAAGUAGAUUUGGCUAAGGGGGAAGUGGCUUGGGGAGAAUUUUUACAGGUUCGGAUAACGCUUGAUGUGAUGAAACCAUUGUUAAGGGGAACGAAAUUCACUAUGGGAAAUGGCGAAUCGUGUUGGGUUCGUUUCUCGUAUGAGAGAUUACCCAAUUUUUGUUAUUUAUGUGGCUGCCUGGGACAUGGCGAUCGAGAAUGUGGAUUGAGGCAGACAGCAGCAGAGGGUGAUAAUAUGGGAUCUGUUCCGUACGGAGCUUGGCUUCGGGCAUCCAGUUAUGGUGAUCAUUAUCGUGCAGGUCGUUCUUGGGACCGUAGAGAAUUGAACCGACAAGAAGGUCAUCCAAAAGGCCGCUCAGGGGGGGUGGCGGGCACGGCAAACACCGUUCUACCGAUGCCUAGUAAUUCGGCACCAAAUCCGGAGUUUAAUGAGCCCAAUGUUUAUGCAAAUGCAACGUCUAAAGAAAGAUCUUUGGCGGAAACUAUGCAUGGAGACGAGAAUACAAGGAAAGUAGCUAACGGAAGCGAGUUUCAAGGAUAA